UAUUAACACGGUUGCCCGAUAUAUUUACGCUGGUUGCAAAUGGCCCAUACUGUGCAAUGUUCAUUGAGGCCAUCAGCAACAAGGACAAAGCCUGGCCGCAUGACAAACUUUUAUAAAACGUAAACACAACUGUUCAAAGGGAUUACAAAGUGUAGUAUGCUAGAAUAUGUUAAGAAUGUAACCAUUCAGAAGGACUAAGAAAGACUUCUGAACUAAUAAAUACAAUUUAAAGUAUAUGAUAAUAUGGACUUUACUUAAAGCUAUUUGCGCAAAAUGACAGACUACAAAGAAACCGAUCCUCUUCUCACAUCAACAAAAGGAAACAUACAGGAAGAUGUUAUUGUAAAAACAGCUCCAAAGAGUCGUCCAAGGAUUAAUAGAUUAAUAGUGGAACCUGUGAUAUUUUUAUACUUCCUUGCUUUUACUCCAUCCAUCACUUUGACAGAGCAGUAUGUCUUCCAUGUAGUCGGGAAGGAGUACCAAGGCAGUGAUACAGAUGCAUCGAAACAUGUACAAGGGAAGACUCAGUGUGAUGUAAUCAAUGAAACAGUAACAGAAGCAAAGAUGAGAGACACAAUACAAGCAAACGCCUCAAAAUGGAUGAUGUACUUGAAUAUAGCUAUUCUCGUUCCACAGUUAGUAAUGGUGCCAAUAUUAGGCGCUUACUCGGACAGAGGAGGUAGAAAAAUCAUCAUCCUACUUUCAAUAGCAGGAACAUGUUUGAAUUAUAUAGCAAAUGUCAUAAUUAUUUAUCUAGACUUGGGGAUCAAGUAUUGGAUACUCGGUUGUGUCAUCCAGGGAAUCUCUGGCGGUGCAUCUGCUCUUAUGAGUGCAUGUUUUGCCUACAUUGCCGACAUUGUAGAACUAGAUGAUAGAUCGUUUAGAAUCACUGCACUAAAUGCAGUUUUGGGAGUUUCGGGUGCCGCUGCCCAAUUAGGUAUCGGCUACUGGAUAACAUAUGAUGGCUAUUUACCCUCUUUCUGGUUCAUCUCCUGCGUUCUCAUUGUCAAUAUCUUCUAUGUCAUUUUCUUUGUUCCUGAAUCAAAGCAACAAAAUACAAACGACAAUUUUAAUCCAUUCUGGGACUUAAAGAACGCUGUCAUGUUGUAUUACAAAACGGAUGAAUCAGAGAGGAACCGGAAACUGUUGAUUCUCAUCAUCACGUUUGCUUUAGCAUCACUUGUAUCAUAUGGGAGCGCCGACGUUCUUGCGCUUUUCAUGCUUAACAGGCCUUUGUGUUGGACUUCAGUUUUAAUAGGUAUUUUCACUGCAAUGUCGAUAAUAAUGUGGAACAUUGGUGGAAUGGUUGGAGUUAAGUUAUUUGAGAGAUGGCUCACUGAUGAAGGAAUGAUUUUGCUUGCGGCCUUGUUUUUCAUAGCGAUGCAAGCCUUCCAAGCUUUUGUAAAAAGCACAUUCAUGAUGUUUAUAGGUCCUGUAAUAGGGAUGUUUGGAUCGAUGUUUCUGCCUUUGAUAAGCUCAAUCAUGUCUAAAACGGUACGGGACGAUGAACAGGGGGCGCUGUUUGCUGGUAUAGGUUGCAUAGGAACAGCUACAACACUUGCUGGUGGCGCCCUCUAUAACACGAUAUAUGCAGAAACAGUAGAUUGGUUUGGUGGAUUCGUGUUCUUAGUUACGGCGGGAAUCUUUCUGCUCGCAAUAGUAACGUUCUGGAUCUACGUCAAAAUGUCAGGCACCCAUCUUCUACAUGUCGUUUCUAAACAGGAAGGCAGACUUGUCUCUGUACUUGCAGAUGAACCACUCAACACCUGAAUACUAAUUUGUAAUCUGUUACAAAAAACAAUACGAGAUUUAGAGUACACUUCCAUGAGAUUUCGAUUUCUAUUCACCACCAGACAAAAGCGUUUAAAACCAUGAUUUUAAAUGAUUGAAGCUAUGUCAUUAUUUAAGGUACAUGUCUCAAUUUAGGAAUAUUUUGGGCUAAUAUCACUCAUUGUUUAUGUAUUUUCUAAAUAAUCAUACUUCAUAUAAUUUAUUUUGGGAAAAAAGAUUUAACAAUAAUGUUUUCAUUUCUGUAUAAAUGUGGUCACACAUUUAUUUCUAGGAUAAUGUACUAACUCCACGAGAAUUUUGCACAAUGGAUACGUUUUUAUUAGUUUUUAUACGUCUUACAAGUAUAUAAUUUUGAUUUGAUUUGUACAUUUAUUUUACAUUACUGUCCAUUUAAGUUGUAUCUCCAUUUUAUUAUGGGCAAUAAAGAUAUGCAACACAACAGAUGGGUCUCGUAAAGGCCCCAUGUAAAGUUUAAACCACUUUGGCUUAUAUUGUAGUCUUACCC